AUGUCGAAGCUCGUCGUCGAGUACGCGCCGGCGGACGUCGCCGAGACGCGCCACUACAAGAUCGCGAUGAAGGUGCCGCCGAAGUGGCUCGAGCCGGCGCGCAAGACCAAGGUGAAGAAGAUUUUGGACGCCUUCGGCAAGUCCUACGACGCCAAGUUCGGCGCCGGCGCGCUGGGGACCGACGAGCUCGGACUCAUGGAGCCCAGGGCGCAGGGGAAGACCUUCGACGCCGACGACCUCGUCGUCGACGCCGUCGCGGCCGCGGGCGCGGGCGGUUUGAGGGUCGUCCAGGGCGCGUUCAAGAAGGCGCCGGAGCCGGAGCCGGAGCCCGAGCCCGAGCCGGAGCCCGUCGCGCCGGCGAACGACCUCCCCCCGGACCCGCGGAACGCGAGCGGCAAGUACCGGUCCGUCGCGCGGCGGCUGCAGCAGGACCAGCCGACCGUCGCGGAGCACGUGAACAAGCCAAAGACGAAGCUCUACACCUACGGCGUCAUCGCGGACCGGGGCACGCCCUACCAGGCCGGCCCCUGGGACGUGACGUUGCUCGGGCCGAACCCGCCCGUCUGCCACAAGGGCACGAUCUUCGAGGGUCUCGUCGACGAGGCGUCGCCGGGUCGCAUCCGCGUCGUCCGCGAGGCCACGGGCGCGAACGACGGCUACUGGGUCUGCCGCAUCCGCGGCGGCAAGGAGACCGUGACCCUCGUCGCCAAGGGCACGCCCGUGCGGGCCGGCUACGCCUACGCGCCGCCGAAGCCCAAGGCGCCCGAGCCCGAGCCCAAGCCCAAGGACCCCCAGGCGCAGGCGGCCUGGGACAACUACCUCAAGAACGGCCUCGGCGACGAGCACCUGCCCCGCGCGCCGUCCAACGCGACGACGUCGAAGCCGCCGAGCUCCUAG